UUUGUAUCGAUGAUAAAAAUAAAAUAAUUCCUCAAUUACGUCUUUCACAAGAUAAUCAAACUAAACUAAUGUGAAUUUCUAUGGUCAACUAACUGUGGUCUACUAACUAUGGUCAACUAAUUUGAAAUACAUUUUUAAACGAAAUCAUCAAAGUAUUUAACAUAAAAAAUUAGUAUUUCAUGCUUUAAUACAUCAAGUUUUUUAAUGUCUAAUAUCUGGCAAAAAGGGAGACUUAUUUUGAUGAGAGACGGAGCCACAUGUGAUAAACAAAAAUAAAAUCUGUAUUUUUUGUGAUAAUAUUGAUCAAAACGUAUGUCUUGAUUUCAGUGUUAUAGCUAAUUUGAUAAAUUACCGAUCUUCAAGAAUUGCAUCGCCUAAAUCAAAAAUCUAUCUGUUAAUGAAUAAAUAAUGGAUUUUAAAGCAUUCACUGAAGAAAAUUUUAAUUCAGUUGAUUGGAUCAAUGAUACUCUUAAUUCUGCACCUAAGGAAAAUAGAGAAAACUAUGCUUCUAAUAUUGUCUACAAGCUUCAAUUAUUCAUCCAGGAAAUCAACCAAUCUCUGGAAGAGACUGCGUUAAGUGUUAUUGGUAAUUUGCCCAAAUUGAAUCGAGACAUUGAUGUUUUGUGUGAACAGGCUAGGACUUUCAAGAAUGAUUUAGUUGCAAUAAAAGGGAAUGUUGACAAACUUUCUAUGGACUCAGACCUACGAAUGUCUCAAUUAGCUGAAAUAGAUCAUGCAAAACAAGUUAUUGAGGACAAAUUAGUUGCACUUAAUGAGAUAAAUAACCGAGAUCAGUCUUGAUUCUUAAUUUUUUUACUAUUAAAAUGUUGCCAUCUCAGAUAUUUUAAUAUCAAAUGUAAUUUUGUAUCAAUCGGAUAAAUAUAACAUGCCUUGACUAAUAA